CGUCUGCCCGCCCUUGGAUUUGGGAAGAGGAGGCUGACGCGCGUCCAGAGCCUUCCUUCUUGGCCUGCCCUCCUCCUCCUCCUCUUUCUCCUUCUUGCUCCUCCGAGCCAGGCUCCAGUUCCUUUCUGACCUCUGCAUCCGCCAGCUCCUCUUGGCUCCCCUUUUGUCCAGGCUGACACAGUUUAUUUCAGGAUUUGAAGUGCUGGAAAUACUGUAUACAUGGCAAAGAACGUAACAUUUCUUUCAACAGUUUUAAUGUUGUUGUUGCAUGAUUACGUAUCAUCUGAAGAUGGUGAUAUAAGAUCAAGUUGCCGAACUGCCCCAACAGAUUUAGUUUUCAUCUUGGAUGGCUCCUGGAGCGUUGGCCCUGAAAACUUUGAAAUUGUCAAGAGAUGGCUUGUAAAUAUUACAAGUAACUUUAAUAUAGGACCAAAAUUUAUUCAGGUUGGAGUAGUUCAGUACAGCGAUUACCCUGUACUUGAAAUUCCACUUGGGUUUCACGAUUCCAAUGAAAACCUAGUCAGAGGAAUGGAAUACAUACAAUACUUGGGUGGAAAUACGCAAACAGGGAAAGCAAUUCAGUUUGCACUUGACCACCUAUUUGCCAAAUCUUCAAGAUUUCUUACAAAAAUUGCUGUUGUUCUUACUGAUGGUAAGUCACAAGAUGAUGUCAAAGAAGUGGCAGCUGAAGCAAGAAAAAACAGGAUCACUCUAUUUGCCAUUGGAGUUGGUUCUGAAACUGAAGAGGAUGAAUUGAGAGCAAUUGCCAACAAGCCUUCAUCAACGUAUGUGUUCUAUGUUGAAGAUUAUAUUGCAAUAUCCAGGAUAAGAGAAGUAAUAAAGCAGAAACUCUGUGAAGAGUCAGUUUGCCCCACCAGAAUUCCUGUGGCAUCUCGGGAUGAAAAAGGAUUUGAUAUCCUCCUAGGGUUAGGUGUGAAGAAAAAGGUGAAAAAGAGAAUUCAGAUCCCAUUUACUAAUGCAAAAGCUUAUGAAGUAACUUCACGCAUUGAUCUAUCAGAAUUGACAAGGAAUGUCUUCCCAGAAGGACUCCCUCCAUCAUAUGUGUUUGUAUCUACUCAGAGGUUUAAAGUCAGAAAAACAUGGGAUUUGUGGAGGAUUCUGAGCCUGGAUGGAAGGCCACAGAUAGCUGUUACUAUACAUGGAGAAGAUAAAACAUUAUCAUUUACUACAACAAGCUUAGUAAAUGAUACUCAGGUUGUUACCUUUACUGCACCCCGUGUAAAGAUAUUGUUUGAUGAAGGCUGGCAUCAAAUCCGUCUCUUAGUAACAGAAGCAGAUGUAACGUUGUACAUAGAUGACCAAGAAAUAGAAGUGAAGCCAUUGCAUCCUGUUUUAGGGAUCUAUAUUAGUGGUGUGACUCAAAUAGGAAAAUAUUUGGGGAAGGAGGAGAAUGUACAGUUUGAUGUUCAAAAAGUAAGGAUCUACUGUGACCCUGAACAAAACAACCGAGAAACAGCCUGUGAGAUACCUGGCUUUAAUGGAGAGUGUAUGAAUGGACCUAGUGAUGUAGGAUCUACACCACCUCCUUGUAUCUGUCCUCCAGGGAAACAAGGACCACCAGGCUCCAAAGGCGAUCCUGGACUACCUGGAAAUCAUGGCUACCCCGGAGAACCUGGUCCAGAUGGUAAGCCUGGCUAUCAAGGAAUAGCAGGAACACCAGGUAUUCCAGGAUCUCCUGGGAUUCAAGGCCCACGUGGGCUUCCUGGCAUGAAGGGUGAACCUGGGUUAGAUGGAGCAAAGGGUGAACGUGGACUUCCAGGGUUCCCUGGAUUACAUGGGAUGCCAGCAUCUAAGGGUGACAGAGGUUCUAAAGGAGAUCCUGGACCGCCUGGAAUUUACGGGAAAAAGGGAGCAAAAGGAGGAAAAGGUGAUGGGGGAUUUCCAGGAAUGCCUGGCCGGCCUGGUGAUCCUGGGAGGACAGGGAAGGAUGGUUUACCUGGAAUUCCUGGCCUUAAGGGAGAAGACGGACAACCAGGUUCUACAGGGCCAGAAGGAAGACGGGGAGACCCUGGAAUUCCUGGGAUUCCUGGAAUGCAAGGAAUAAAAGGAGAAAAGGGUGAAAUUGGACCACCUGGACAAGAAGGAACAAAUGGAUCACCAGGGACUCCUGGUUUGCCUGGACCUGAGGGAUCAUUAGGUUUACCUGGUGGACCUGGGCCUAAGGGCAGCAAAGGUGAACAAGGACUACAAGGAAAACCAGGACCAUCAGGUGUAAAGGGAGAAUAUGGUCAACCGGGUACUCCAGGAGAACCAGGCUAUCCUGGGAUACCUGGCACACCAGGUUUGAAGGGAGACAAAGGGAAUUCAGGCGAAAGAGGAUUCCAGGGCAAGAAAGGUGAAAGUGGCAGAUUGGGUAGUCCAGGCCACAAGGGUGACAUGGGAUCCAGUGGAGCUAAAGGAGAGAAAGGCGAGAAAGGGGAUCCUGGUAUUCAUGGCAUCAAUGGACAAAAGGGAGAACCUGGCAUGGGUGGCUUGGUUGGUCCACCAGGUCCAAGGGGAGGACAAGGAGAAAGGGGAUCUCCCGGAAUUCCCGGCUCAGACGGAAAACCUGGAAGAGGUUUUUCAGAAGAAUUUAUUCGACAAGUUUGUGCAGAUGUGCUAAGAACCCAGUUACCAACUAUGCUUCAGAAUGGAAGGCUACACUGUGAUCAGUGCCAGUCUCAUGGUAUGGCCCUAGGACCUCCUGGUCCACCAGGCCCAGUUGGUCCCCAAGGUCCCCGAGGUUUUCCUGGUUUACAAGGGAAUGAUGGCCUUCCAGGUUUGACAGGGGCACCUGGACGUCAUGGAUCUCGUGGGGCAAAAGGACUACCAGGAAGAAAUGGAGCUAAAGGAAGCCAAGGAAUUGGGCUUCCUGGUAUACCAGGACCUCCAGGACCACCAGGUCCUGAAGGUCCACCUGGGAUGAGUAAAGAAGGACGUCCUGGAGAAAGUGGGGAACCCGGUAAAGAUGGAGAACGUGGCAGUCCUGGGAUGCCUGGACGAACUGGACCACCUGGAAUUUGUGACCCAUCUUUAUGCUUUAGUGUAAUUGUAGGAAGAGAUCCGUUUAGAAAGGGACCAAAUUAUUGAGCUGGAAUGUGUUAAUGAUAGAUAGGCUUGAUGCUUGCCUUAUAUGAUCUUUCAAGUCUCAGGAAGACAGCUGGCAACAAUCUUCUCUCCCAGAAACUAAAGUACCUCCAGUGUUAAGAGUAAUAUGGUAACAUAUUCCAUAUUCAGUGUGAGACUCUAAAUAUGUGGGGCCUUUGAUCUAAUUACUGUAAAUCUCUCGGCCACAAACCACUUAAAUUUAAUUAUCACUCUCCUUUGGAGGAGAAAAUGAAGAAAAAUAAACUCUUUUAUCAUUAACUUAAAAUCUCAUUCCUUUCAGCCAUGACUGCCUUUAUCUGGAUUGGUAUUGUGAUAUUGAGUGGAAGUGCAUUUUCACCUAUAACAACACUGAGAUUUACUUUAAGUCCACUAGCAGUGUUUUUAUUGACUGCCUAAAGUUGGAGUGGGCUUACAGUGCUCGUUAAGCAGGUAUGUCACUGUGAACUAUUUUGUAUUCACCCCACAUAUAUAGCUUCAUGUCAUUUUAAUGGAAUAUGGCUGGUUAUUUCAGUUAUCUGUGAAUGUCAUCAGUUUCUAUAUGUUUAUCCCCAGCUACAGUAUUCUCCUGUGAAAUGCAUGAGCCCACAUUGUCAUCACCUUUUUGUUGUUGUUGGCUAUUUUAACUUAGUGUUUUCAUGUAAUUUCUGUUACCCACGUGGUCCUCAAAUAAUUUAUCCAAAUAUCUUAACUAUACAUUUUUACCCACAAGUGAAGAAAUCUCUGGAAGCUCCUUAAACAAUUUUAAAAAAAAAACUUAAGAAGAGUUGAGUUCUAAUGAUAAUCUGAAAAAGAUUUUUUAAAUGAGAACAAAAAGCAAAAAAGCUUAACUAUAUUUAAUUUUGCAGCCCAAUUAUAGAACGUAAAGUUGUCACGUUUGCUAUGCUCCAUAGGACUGCAAUUGUCAAACAAAAGUUUACAAGAUACACCUUUUUUUUGCUCACUAUGUAACUAUAGUGUUUGUUAUGCUGCUUCUCUGUAUGUUUUCAGCAAGGCAUUUCUAUGUUUAUUUUGUGAAAUGAAAUACAACCCCAAAGCACUGCUGGCAUUCUAAUUCUCAAGUUGUACAAUUUCCAUCAGAGUUUGAAUUCUUUUAAAAGUGUUAAUGCAUAAUAAUUAAUUUUAUUACACUUACUCAAAGCUUUAUAACUGGCCAUUUGUUGUUGAUUUGUCUCUUUUCAUUUGUAGUAUGCUUGACAGUCAAGGUAAAAUAAAUUUUUACAGAAAUUGAAGUAAUGAAAGUAAUUUUAUUAAUGUAUUUUUUCGCUGGUUGAGCUGUAUUUUAUCCAAGACAUCCUCUACAACUAUCAUUUCCCCACUUAAUUAUCUAUAUGUUUCGUCACCUCUGGAUUCACUCCCAAAAAUAUAUAUGUAUAGACAUUUCAUUGUCCUCUUAGCAGGACAAUGUUCUACAUAAAUGUGAAGAGUUUUUAAUAUCUGCAGUGUUCUUCUUUUUAUACAAAGUUUGGGGCAACCUUGUGUGCAUACAUUGCUGAGAAAGCCAACUUAAUUGCAGUCUUUAUAGUGAUGAAGUCAUAUUUUAAGUGAUGUUUUUAUUAAACGAAUAUAUCUUACAGCUAAUAUGUUCAAAAUGAAAAAUUGAACUGGCAUGUUAUGAUGCAAGAAUGAUAUGCUGCCAGGGCCAAGGGGAAAAUUUUCCCCUCCAAUGGGUAUUGCUGUCCAGCAGUAUCCACGUCUUACUAAUUCUAGGUGUUGCCUUUUUGGUUUCUUCCAGUUAUGGCACAGUGGGGAGAAGUACUGUGGGGCAAUUUCAGCCCGAAUGGUUUUUUAUAUUGCUCAAAUUUUGUGGGGACAUUUGGGGACUUACAAAGACUGGGCUGGAUCAUAUGCUGUGUAGAAUCUGAACACUGCACAAAAUGUAAGGCGCAAAAGUAACUAUAAUUUGGGCAUUGCCCUCUCCAUUGCCAGAUGAGUUGCUGAAAUAUGGCAUGUUUCACAGACAUGAAUCAACCAAAGGAAAGAAUGUGUGUGGUAAAAUAGUUUGGGACAUGAAGAAAUGAGAGCAAGAAGAUGGGAAACUGGAAGUAGGAGAAAUGUGUUCCUAGAGAAUUUGGGAGGUACUGGAAUUUGCAUUCUCAUGCAUGGAUUCAAAGCUAUCAUACAAGUUUUUGUCUCUAGCUUCUAGUCUGUUAAUACAAGUAGGAUAUUGUUAAGAAAACCAGAAAUGAAGUUUGGAUGACAGACAAACCGAAAAUGUGUGCUGCCAAUCUGAUUAGUUCAGAUGAGUAUGUGACAGUUCCUUGCUUGUUUUGUAAUUGUUGUUGGAGUUCUAUUUUUAUUAACAGAAUAAAAUAAAAUGAAUAUUUUUAUGGAAA